ACGUUCAGCUUUUUUUUACGGUGCCCACUCGCUGGUUUUGUGAGGCCUGUUUCACUAGACGACCGGCAAUUCGAGACUAAUAUUAGUAACCAUGGAAAUUGGAACGGAGAUCAGCCGCAAAAUUCGGACAGCCAUUAAAGGAAAGCUGCAGGAGCUUGGAGCUUAUGUUGAUGAAGAGCUGCCCGAUUAUAUUAUGGUGAUGGUUGCAAAUAAGAAAAGUCAGAAGCAGAUGACUGAAGACCUGUCAUUAUUCCUUGGAAGCAACACAUCCAGAUUCACAACUUGGCUGCAAGGAGUACUGGAUAAGCUGCGCUCAGUCACACCAGCAGAGUCCAACAGCAUGAAGUCUUCGGAUGCUAUUAUAUUUGAAAGCAGCAUGCCAUCACUCAAAAGUCUUUCCAACAGUAGGGAGGAUUUGGUGAAAGAUGGUCCAGCUCUCACAGUCUCCAGCACCCGCCAUGAAAGAUAUGACUCAUCCAGCAGCUCACACGGGCAAGCAACAUUAGGUAGCAGUGGCUCUGUGGCACGCCUGACUUCUGCUGUGAAACCACUUCGGGAGUUAUCACCUUCUGAAGCAGUCAUUGACAUCAAACUUGAUCUUGAUGACCCUUUUAAUGAAGACAUUAGUUAUGCCACUGAAACUGCAAUUAUGUCAAGAAAGAGAGCUGCACUGUCUGCUAGUUAUAGGACUUUGCGGCCUACUGCAGAAGUGUAUAGACCUCCUGGAAGCGGACAACAUGCAUACCAUACAAAUGAAUACAGCUCCAGCUUGCACAGAUUUCCGCAAAACAGCUUUAUUUCAGGAAAAUCACUUAAUUUACAAGGCAGCAGGACUGUUGGUUCUACAAGAGUACAGGACUUAAAGGAUGUUAGUGACUUGACUGAGACCUACCAAACUGCUUAUCACUUGGCUUCUGAAAAGUCAUUAAGAGAGGAAGAAUUGUCACGAAAAAGGAGACUGCCUGUGGCCAGCUCAGUAGUGAAAGUGAAAAAACUUGCUAUUGAUGGAGAAGAGGAGGAAGAGGAAGGGGAAGAAGAUGAAGAUGAAGAGGGGGGCGACUGUAUAUCUCGAACAGCUGGUAUUUCUAGCAGCGUGUCUGUCCCAGCCAGGCCUGAACGAAGGCCAUCUCUUCCUCCCUCCAAGCAAGCUAAUAAGAAUUUAAUUCUUAAAGCUAUAUCUGAGGCCCAAGACUCGGUUACCAAAACAACAAACUACUCUACAGCUGCACCUCAAAAGCAAACUGUACCAGUAAUUCCAAGAUCACGUCUGCUUCCAGAGGAGGAGCUAAUCUUGAUGCAAAAUAGAUCAUCUCUACUAAACUACCCUCCUGAGUUUGCACGUUUGCAAGAGCGCCAACAAGAAGCAAUGCCAGCAGAAACUGUGCACAAGAUGGAUCUGCUCUCCAGACUGCAGCCAAAUUUAGAGGAAGAAAUAGAAAUGCAAAAUCCAGAGGCAGAGAUUCUGAGACCAGUGGAUAGCAGAUCCUUUAUUUUGAAAAGGCCUAAACUCUCCAAAGAACCAUCUGAACAAAUCCAGAACAAUUCUGUCUCUCCUGCUUGCCCAUCCCAGCCUCUGCCAGGGCGCAUGAUUCAGCCAAGGGAAGCACAAACAUGUGAAAAACCUGCAAGCCCCAAGUUUAUUGUGACUCUAGACGGGGUGCCCAGCCCACCUGGUUAUAUCUCGGACCAGGAAGUAGAAGAGCCUAUAUGUUAUACUGAGGAAGGAGAUACUUGUGCAGAGCAGCUCAGUGCCGUAGCAAGGCCUGAGCAAAACUAUCCAGUGCAGCUUGCUACUGAGGCUCUCUGCACCAAUGAUGUAGUGAUGGAAACUGCCAAGGAGAAGAUAAGAGAGCGUUGCAAAUAUUGGCCUGCUUGUAAAAAUGCUGACAGCUGUGCAUAUCAUCAUCCAACAGCUCCAUGCAAAUCGUUUCCUAACUGCCGAUUUGCAGACAAAUGUUUCUUCAUCCACCCAAACUGUAAAUAUGAUGCAAAGUGUACAAAAGCAGACUGCCCAUUCACACAUGCCAGCAAACGGUUUCCUGUGCCGCCAGUAAAACCAGUUUCCACCACCUCCUCCUCCUCACAUCCUUCCUGCCAACCAUGCCGGUACUUCCCUGCUUGCAAGAAAACAGACUGCCCUUUCUACCACCCAAAGCACUGCCGAUUUAAUACCCAGUGCACACGACCAAACUGCAAGUUCUACCACCCUUCGGUUUCUGUACCUCCUCGACAUGCCUUAACAUGGACACGGGCACAAGCCAGUGACUAAUUUUGUUCCACUGGAUGGAACAAUGUUGCUCUUUCUGGGGCAUUCAUUGUGUGACUACUGAGGCUAUCAAGACUCCCUCGCAAGGCAGAAAACAACUCACCGUGGCUCCUUACUGAAGACACACUUUUUUUUCUUUGAUUGCACAGUUAUUUUGUUUUUAUGUGUUUUAGACUUUGUUUUAGUUACAGUUUGGAUUGUAAAAUAUAUUUUUUGUAAUGUAUUUAGAAUGGUUUUAUAUGCUGCUCAAGGGAAAAUCCUUGUCAUGUUUGUAGAACAAGGACUUCCCCUCCCCCCUCUCCCCUUUUUAAAACCAUUUUGUGAAGCCAUUCAAUUCAACUGGAAGCUUUUUUCUUAUUGUAUUGUUGAAUUCUGCAAAACACAAUUAUUUCAACUCA